AUGCACUAUACCACAACUGUGGAGAGCAGAGAGUCCCGAUACGACGUCACCAAGCAAGACUUCGAUAUCUCUGAGAUGGCUUUCCGGUCGAAGUCUGAAAUUCUUGAUGUUUGGAUGGGCUUCGAGAGGUGGAUGUCUCAUGACUUGGAUCUCCAAAACGACCGCUCGCAGCCUGCUGCCGAAUUUGGCCUGCUCGGAGCUGUCGCUGUUUACCUUCAGGUGCUUUAUCGCAACGACGUUGUCUCGGGACCUACAUUCUUCUACGCGAUAUGUUUCACCCUCGCCCAAGUCGCGCUGCCUAACGAGGUCUUCAUAACGAAAAUGAGGAAGGUUUAG